AUGGAAUUUGAUCCUUUUUUAUUUCCAGUGUCUGUGUUUCUAGUCCUUUUGUGCCUGGAUUUGGAGUACAGAGUGACUUCAGAGCAUAUCUGCACUCAUGGAGAUGCUGGGUGCCAUGUGCUGUCGGUCUCGGAUCUCUUUGAUAGAGUUAUCCAGCACUCAAACAGAAUGCACAGCCUUUCAAAUGAUCUCCACUCUGAGUUUGAGAAAUACUUCUUACCAGUCAGUAAUCAAAUAGGCAGAGCAACACGCAAAUGUCAUACUUCCAGAAUUCUAACUCCUAAUGGCAAAGAAAAUGCUCAGAGAAUUGAUAGAGAAGAACUCACUCAAGUGAUUUUGAGGCUUUUGGUUGCUUGGAUGGACCCCCUUUUGCAGUUUCACAAGAGUGUAGCUCACAAUGAGGAAUUAUCCAACUUCAUCAGCAACAAAGCAUUGGAACUGAGUGAAAUGGUUCACAAGCUGAAGAAUGGGGUGGAGAAAGUAACAGAAAAAAUGCAGUUGCUGGGAAUAAUCAACAAUUCCUUACAUGGACUGUUUCCUGCUGAAGCAAGUUUAUCUUUGUCUGCCAGCAAUGAAGCAAGGCAUAUGAGAGACUAUGAUUGCUUCUGGAGGGAUUCCAAUAAAGUCCAAAACUACUUGAAAAUUCUCACGUGCAAAAUUGUUCCUGAGCAUUGAUGCUAGGAUUGUGAAGUAAACAUGUCUGGUAAAGAUAAUAAUACAAUAAAGAUGUCAUAUUG